AUGCCCCGCCCCGAGUGUGACUUGCCUGGCGUAUCGGACACCCUUGCCUGGGAACUGCCGCCGACCAUCUAUCAGCAUAUUCAACAGCACAUUCACCCAGAACAAUUUGGCCUGACCGAAGGGGGCUCGGCGCUGCCGGACGACUGGGCCAUUCAGCAGCGCGAUGGCCAUCGCUGGGUGCCGGGCGCGUUCGAUAGUAUGUUGCAGCAUGCGCCUGCCGAAGUGAUCGGCGAAGUGAAUGAAGAGCUUGUCCAAUUGAUUCUGGACGACGUCAUGCUCGGAAUGCCUGGCCGCCGCGAACGUCUUUACGAAAUGGUUCGCAACGAUAAAGUGGCCGGCACGCUGAACGAGUUGGUGCAAAUGGUCGGCGACGCGACGAUGCCGGAAGAUGACACGCUGUUUGAACUGGCCAUGUGGUUGGCCACCGAGUCGCGCGAUCGAGAACCAGUUAAGCUGGGCUUGGGACUGCUUAGCUUGUUCCCUCAUAAGCCGAUCGAAGAGGUUGUGCUCGUACUUGGGCGGCACGACGAGUUCACGCGAGCGUGCGAUCUUACGAUGCAGCAUUGGGAUGUUGCGCGGCGAACCGAGGUUAUUCGUCAGCUGCUGCCGCACCUUUCUGGCUGGGGACUGCAAGCGUUGGUACAGCGUGUCGCUGGGACCGAGAACCGUGAAAUCCAGCAGUGGAUGAUUCAAGACGGUGGACGACGUUCCGGGUUCUUACGGCAGUACAUGGCUCAUACGUUGGCCACGACAGGCAACUUGCGCGACGCGCUGCUUUCCAGCGAAGUCGACACAGAAGUGCUGCGAUCGGCCGGGUACAUCUUGUCCGCGCUGAUUGAAAUCGAACGAGGCACGCGAGGCAAAGAGCAUCGCAUUUUGCUAGGCAUUCAUGACUAUGCCGACGGCCCUGUCGUGAUGCAGCGAUUUAUGUUUCAUAUGCAGAAGCAUGCCAGCACGGUGUUCGAUUUGAACUUCGUCGGUUCGGAUGUCGUUCGGCAAGGGUUAGCCAACGACGAUGACGAUACGUACGUCUACGCGGUCAGCGCGGUGAACUUGCUUCAGCUGGCGGAAGCGGCGGUCGACAUGAAUCGUUAUCAGCAGAUCAACUUGCGUCGUGCUUCGAUGAUGAUCGGCAGCAACGACGAGCUGGUCGACGAAGCGCAGCAGUACUUCGAGAAGGUCAAAGAUCUGGCUCGUCUGGCCAAUACGCCUCGGGUCGAUACGCCCAUGCGAAGCCCGAACGGGUACCGUUAUGAAGUACCGUUUCGCCCGGAAGACUUUCAGCGCUAUCCCGAUCAGGCCGAGGCAAUGAUCGCGUUUCUGAUGGAUCGACCGGUAGCUCAGAUGCGGAAGCGAGCCUUAGAGAUGCUCGAGAUUUGGGGCGAAGCGAACUGGCCGGAAUCGAUCCAGCAACUGCUUGUUGCCGCGGA